GAGACCACCGAGGCGGUAGCUGAUUUCCCGUCGCCCGUGCUAUCGCGAGCGAACAGCCCGACGCACUGGGGCGAUGAGUCAGCCGAGUGGGAGAGUGACAUGCAACGGCUGGAGCGGGUGGGCUCGGCUUCACCACUGGCGGGUGGGAACUCGGACUUUGGUCUGUCGGAGGCGUUUGACUUCAUAGAGGAAGCCAAUGGUGCCAAACGCACAGACUCUGGUCUAACCGCGCCUGGGAAUGACACACCAAUGGACGCUGAUGAUGGCGAACAACGAGGACGCAGCUAUGCCCAGAGCCGCAACUAUUCGCGGUCGCGAGACUCAUCGGCACACGCCCCUGCGGUGGACCAGUCAACUGCUGGGCAUGUUAAGCGGCAGGCGUCUAUGUACGGCAUGCGGUCAUUGCACUUGUCACGAUCACCCCAUCCUGAGGAGAGCCGGUUAAGCAAAGGCCAAGUGAAACAGAAGACCUGGCAAGAGCACGGGGAUGCCACUAAGAACUCUGCCAGCAAAACCACCUCGUUUAUCUAUCCGCCCAUCCCCACCAAGAGGAAAAGUAUUGCGCCCAGUUUUAGAGGACAGUCACACUCUUCCGCGAAUUUGGACUCAGCAGGUGCACUCACUGCCGCACUCAAUGCUUCAGUCACAAGCAGUGGCGGUAGCUCACCCCGCAAUCCAGGUGUUACCCUGUCUGAUGCUGGUUUAUCAGGGGAAACUUCAAAAACAACGCAACACGUCAACCGUGUCCCAAGCGAAAGUCCAGACGACACACACACCGCUCGCACAUACAGUACAGUACUCGGUACCAACGUGAGUAGUGAACUGGCACCUCUCAAGCUUAACAAGACUAAGAGCAUGGCAAUGGGUGGCCUAGGUGUGGGCACUGGCAAUAUGUCAUCUCCUAGUACAACCUUCUUCCAGGCGGCUAUGGCGAAUGCGAACGGGGGAAUUACUGCCACCCCCAACAUCACACUGGAGGAUCCCAUUGGCCAGGCCAUAGACAUCUACACAGGAUCCAAAGAGUUCUUUCUCUCGCGCCAGCACACUAACCUCACUCACCACCGAAUGCAGAGAGAAGCCGCACUAGGAGUGAAUCGCCGGUCGUCUGUGAAUGUUAUAGCAAAUGUCAUCGAAGAAACAGACGCCGACUGCAGGACGUCACCUGAGAUAUGGAACUCAUCGCAACACAACCAAACCUCACCCCGAGGAUCAAAGGACAACGGAUCCACCUCCAUGG